GUCAGGUCACCUGAAACGCACCUGAAAGCGACACCUGCUCGCCAGCACGCACAAGCGCCGCGCGGAAAACCUCCGCAGAGGCGUUCCUCCCGGCUCCGUGCGAGAUGGCCGUUCAGAUUCCCGACGACUCGGACUUCUCCUCCUUCAAGGAUCAGUGCCUCGGCACCCAAGGCUGGUCCAGGCGCUACCACAAGGGAGGGGUCACCGUGUGGUGCCGUCCCGACGACAGCGACAACGUUCAGAAGAUCAAGAUGAAAAUCGUGUGCAAGGGCGUGAGCGCCGAGACGCUGUACGACGUCCUCCACGACACCAGCUACCGCAGGAAGUGGGACACCAACAUGAUCGACACGUACGACAUCGGCAGACUGACCGUCAACGCCGACGUGGGCUAUUAUUCCUGGAGGUGUCCCAGUCCGCUGAAGAAUCGAGACUUUGUGACUUUGAGGUCGUGGCUCCCUCUCGGCAGUGACUACCUGAUCAUCAACUAUUCUGUCAAACACCCGGAACAUCCCCCAAAGAAGGACUUUGUCCGCGCAGUGUCCCUGCUGACCGGAUACUUUGUCCAGUCUAGCGGAGCCGACGGCUCGUCUCUGUACUACCUCACUCAGCUGGACCCUCGAGGUUCCUUACCAAAGUGGGUGGUGAACAGAGUCUCUCAGUUUGUGGCACCCAAGGCGAUGAAGAAGAUCUACAAGGCUUCUCAGAAGUAUCCCGAAUGGAAGCGUAAGCACAACCCUCACUUGAAGCCGUGGACGUUUCCGGAGCAGAACGCCUUGCCGUGCAUCAGCGUGUCCGAGCUGACGCUGCAACGCGCCGACUCGUUAGAGAACAUCGACGAGAGCGGCCUGAGCGAGGAGAAGAGCAAGCACAGCGAUGACGACGACGAGACUUGAUCGUGUCCACGCUCUAUCGUGGCUUUUGCCUUUUCGGUUUGUGUGAGUGG